AUGUUCGCAGCAGCUUCCAACUUGUUCACCAAGUCAUCUUAUCUAUCAGCAUACAACGUUCAGGCGUCCUCGUCAUCCGCUUCUGCGGGUCCUUCCCCAAACUCAUCUUCAAGUCACUUACCACUCCCCUCAUCUCCCAUACCUGGCUCUUCAUCCUCUUCUUCUACUGCGGCAGGUGCAGGCACACAGGUGAAAUCGUUCAAUGUGGGAUUAUGGAAAGUCCUCGGCGGGUCGCACAAGACCACGGGAAAGGAAGUCAGUGUGUGGAUAUUUGGAAAAAGGGUGUUGGAUGGAGUCAAACCUUCUGUUAGCUUUGGGGGGAUGGGUGGGAAGGAUUGGGUCGUUGAGCAGUUGAAGAAGGAGGCCUCAGCACUUUCACGGCUCCGUCAUCCCGAUAUUCUACACAUGGUCGAACCACUCGAAGAGUCCCGAUCAGAGUUAACAUUCAUCACCGAACGAGUGACCGCCUCUCUUUCGUCCCUAUUCGCCUCGGCAUCGUCAGCGAGUAAAACCAACCGAGGAGGUAGACCCCCUACAGCAGAAAUAGGCGAACAAGUCGAUUUGGACGAGGUGGAAAUUCAGAAAGGUACAUUACAAAUCGCUAAAGCUCUUGGAUUCCUGCAUGAGAAGGGCAGAGGGGUGCACCUGAAUCUCGGUCCCGAGAGUGUGAUCAUAAAUUCCAAGGGCGACUGGAAAUUAUCCGGUUUAUCAUUCAUGACACCGCUCAAUCAACCUGAUGGAUCGCCUACGAAAUACGUAUAUCCAGAGGUGGAUGCGAGAUUACCUCCUCAGGUACAAUGGAAAUUGGAUUAUCUAGCACCUGAAUAUGCCCUUGAUUCUCAACUGACACCUUCGUCUGAUUUGUAUUCACUCGGAUGUUUGCUAUAUGCUGUACAUAUGGGUGGUAAACCCCCUUUCCAGAAUAGAGGUUCGAUGCAGAGUCUUCGCCAGAAUGCCGAAGGGUCUCUGGUGAGGAGGGAAUGGAUGAGUGGAAGUAAAUGGGAGAGAUGUAGUUCCGAACUGCGAGAUCUUCUACCUCGACUGCUCACUCGACAACCUUCAACCAGGAUAUCACUCGCCUCUCUACCUUCACACCCCUUCUUCUCUUCUUUAGCUAUUUCCACCUUGAACUUCUUGGAUCCUACUACGUUCGCUUCUAAACCCCGUGAAGAGAAGGCAACUUUCUUGAGGGGUCUAGUAAGGGUGUUACCAACGUUCUCAGAGAGAUUGAGGAAAGGAAAGGUAUUGCCUAGUCUACUUGAAGAGAUGAAAGAUCCAUAUCUUUUGCCAUUCAUCUUGCCGAACGUUUUUGAGAUUUCGAAAGGGCUAAAUAAAGAUGAAUUCGCGAAUGUACUACCGAAAUUACAACCCUUGUUCGCUCUCAAAGAUCCACCUCAGAACAUGCUCACUCUGCUAGAACAUCUCUCCCUAUUCGAAGAGAAGACUACACCCCCAGUAUUCAGAGAAAACGUCAUGCCAUUGAUAUACAAUUCCCUCGAAUGUGAACAUCUGCCCGUACAAGAGAAAGUGCUCAAAACUGUUCCUCACCUGUGUGAGAUUUUGGAUUAUGGUACUGUUCAGAACGUCUUGCUUGUCAAAGUAGCUAUACUUUUCACGAGAACGAGGAUAUUAUCAGUCAAAGUGCAAACUUUGGAAUGUUUCACUUCAAUGGUUAAGACACUUGAUAAAGCUACUCUAACCACUAAGUUGGUCCCGCUCUUGGCCAAGAUCAAGACAAAAGAACCCGCUGUGAUGAUGGCCACUUUGGCAGUGCACGAAGCCAUGGGAGCGAAAGUUGACCGUGAAGCUAUUGCGACCUUGGUCUUACCGCAGUUGUGGGCGAUGUCGAUGGGUCCUUUAUUGAACGCCGAUCAAUUCACCAAGUUUAUGACUGUGAUCAAGACUCUCGGAGCAAGAGUGGAGCAAGAACACUCUCAGCACUUACGAGACGUACAUCGCAUAGAAGCUCAAACAGCUUCUCUUGCCGCUCAGAAUACCUUUUCCCUCAAUGGAAGUACGUCAAACCUCGGUGGAGGAGCAGGAGGUGAAAUGGAUUUCGAAACUCUUGUUAGGGGAGGGUCAGCUUCAGCUGCUCCUUCUCCCAACCUUGUAUUCUCCAAUACGGUCGGAGCGACCGAUCCGUGGGAUGACGAAGGUUGGUUGAAUGGUGAUUCCGAUAAUGCAGGUAUCGGUCCAUUGUCAAACACUUUCCCAACUUUAUCGGUGAACAAUACUGGAUCUUCCAUCCCUAAUUCGCCCAAUUUAUCAUCGACGACCAGACAAAGUAGUAAUCUCGGUGUAGGAUCAUCAAAGUUGAAAGCUCGUCCUGUCCCUUCAUCAACAUUCAACUCAUCCGCCUUUGGAACAUCAUCACCUUCCAUCCAAUCACCGCCUACCCUUGCUCCUUCCAUACCCGCUCCCCCAUCAUCAUCAUCUUUCACACCUUUACAACCCAUGAAAUCACCUUCUCUUACUCCCCAGAACAAAUUCUCCCCUUCGACCAAUAGCGGUAGUGGUAAAAUUAAUGGACCAAAUUACAACAUUUCACUGACGCCUCAACCCUUGCAACCUCAAUCGCAAUUGCAAAAUCCACUAUCAUUCAUGUCUUCCCCUUCUUUACCUCAGCAGAACCAGCAGCAGCAGCAGCCCUCUUAUCAGCCACAGCAUGCUCUUCAGCCUACAGUGAAGCCACCUCCGGGUUGGUCACCUGGUCUGAUGCAGCCUUCCUCAGCGCCGAAAGCGGUAUGGGGCAAGAGUGCGAAUGUAGGAGGAAGUGGGGGAAGUACAGAUUGGGGUGAUUUUGAUCCGUUGAAAUGA